UCAAACCAAAUAUUCUUCUUGAAACUUGGUUAAUUAAUAUAAUUAUAUUUAUUUAUGCAAGCAUUCGCCGGGAGGACGUCCCAUCGUUUCGUCACAAAUGAUGAAGAAUAUUUGAUUCCUCCAAAUGAGUCCUAACUUCACACCUAUGUUUCCUAUGCAAAUUUCACAUAGGAAUUUAAGAAGCAUGCACUUUGAUUAAACUAAAUUGUACACGUCCAGUAAGUACGGCAUCUUUUUUUUUUUUUUUAAUUACAAAGAAGCAGUAAUUUAAAAUAAAAAAAUUACAAAUAUUGAAAUUUCAAAUUUAAAUCUAUUUGAUGAUAUCUGUUAAGAGAGACUACAUCAACGCGGUGUCUCUUUUGCUAAGUUUCUCUAGGAAUUCAGUCAGAGGAUCACAGUUUGUCUGUAAGCAGCUACAUCGCAGGAUUAACACCUCCAUUCAGGACCCACACUAGUAAUUUUGUAAGCCAUUAAUCCUCUAAAGAAGCAAGAAGAGUAGCUACGUACUUAGAAGCCAAAGGUAGAGUAGCCAUCAAUUAAUUCAUCUUCCAAUCAACUCUCUGAGUAUAGAUUCUAACAUGUAGUUUUUAGGUCUUUAGCCUUGAUUUAGACUUUCUUUCCUUCUGUCUCCAAGUCCAAAUCAUCCUCUCCAAAUUCCCCUUGCCAAGGUUCCCCCAGGCUUUUUAGACCUCCUUGUAGCCAGGAAGCUGAUUUCAGCCUCUUAAUUAACUAAGAGUGAAAUGGAGCAAGCACAGUAUUGGAUGUGGACAAAGAGGAGACACGGUUUGAGUUCUCAUCUUCAAGCAUCAGCAAACGCUACAUAUGAUGAUUCAUGGGAAGAGCAAGCUUUUGCGGAAGAUACUGCUGGAUCUCUUGGAGGGUGUAUAUGGCCUCCAAGGUCUUAUUCUUGCAACUUUUGUGGCAGGGAAUUUAGAUCAGCCCAAGCUCUAGGAGGUCACAUGAAUGUUCACCGGAGGGAUAGAGCUAGGCUAAAGCAAUCUUCAACUUCACAGGAUGAAAUUCCUCAUCAUAAUCAUCAAAAUAGUCAGAAUAGCAUUCAAAAUCCCUUUUUACCUAUGGGUUUUCAGUACCAACCUGGAGAGGUUUGUAACUUUGUUUAUAACCCUAACCCUAAUUCCCAUCAUGGUACUCUUCCAUCACCUUCUUCAACUUCUAGAGCUUCACCUCCGCCUAAUAAAGAGAAUUGUCCUGAACAAACUUUAGUUCCGCCUUUCUGUUCACCAAUCAUCCAAGAACAUCCCAACAUGUCCCCUAACUUAUCCCCAAAAUCAUCGUCAAACUUGGUUGCGGACAGAUAUUACCGUUUCCCUGAUCUAAGGACUGAAGGAGAGAAGAGUCCAAGAAUCCUAGAAUCUGGAUGUAGGUUAAAAGCAGAUUAUGUCCAAACUGAUUUGUCCGUAAGCUUGAAUCUAGUUGUUCGACGACCACGCCCUACCACAUCUGGUAGUACAGAAGAGACUGUCGGUUGCAAGAGAAAGAGAACUGAUACACCAACAUUACCAUUCUUCCUCAAACCGAUUUCGAUUGAAAGACAUCAUCUCCAACCAGCUGAGGUACCUGAGCUUAGCCCCAGCUCAGUUGAUGACAUAGAUCUUGAGUUAAGACUUGGUGACCGGCCCAAGGUACAGUAGCUUGCUCAGAAGACCAUACUUAAAAGGACAUAUAACUGGCCUUUCUUCAAUCAUAUGUUUGCCUGCAACCUCAUUUCCAUUUGAUAUUUUUCCUUCCCUCCGGAUGUCUCUCAACAACUCUUUGCUUUGAGUUUGACGAAUUAGCUCUCUCUAAAUCUUUAUGACCUCACAGGGUAUAUGUGAAUUAAUAUAUUUCCUUCAAGAUGAUGAAAAUUGAAAAAUACUCCUAGAGAGACUAUCAUCCCCAUGCAUAUGAUCUUAGCUUGCUGAUCUUGACAAUAUUGUUGGUUCAAUCGAUUGUCUAUGAUAUUUAUACUAUGUUUGAUUUAGAUAUCAAGGUCGAUAAUAUCCAUGCCUCUCUCGGCCACAUAGAGUUUCACUCCUUGAAUAUUUUUUUUUUCAUUUGUAGAAAAAGAAGCUUAUUAAACCUUUCAUAUAUACAUUGAUAAGUCUAUAUAUAAUGCUAGCAAUGUUUUGAGGAUUCACAGGUCCAAUUUAUCAAUGUCGACUGAUUUCAUCCUCUUAUUAUUUGCUUACCAUCUGAUUUGUUGAUAGCCAUCUUUACUGCAACAGCACAUAAAUAUAUUCAUUGAUAGCUUCAACUAUCUAUGUUCUAAUUUGGAUUAAGAUUUCACGUUUAGGUCUGAUCCAUAAUGAUCAUCGAUUCAUACAUAUGUCCCUCGACUCAGUAACGUUUAAUUUUGUAAAGGGACAUCAGUCAUGUUGACAAUUUCAGUAGCAGAUGGAAAAUUUUUUUUUGACAUAUUUGUCUGGGUUUUGAGUCCUCACAGAGAUGAAUGUGAAGUUAAAGAAAUCUUAGAUAGCUAGUGAGCUUGGAGUGAGAGAAGGGUGCUGAAAGGAUCAGACUAAAACUGCAUGGAAUAUCGUGAGGCAGCUCUUUUCUCAUUCAGUAACUCACUGACAUUAUUCCAUCAGAGAUUUACAAAACUAAAACCAAACAAACCCACAAAAACACUAGUCUGAGUAGAGAUGCAUGGAUAUAUAAUCAAAUCCAAAGGCAUCUAAAGUCAGAUACAUGGCAACAUGGUUUCCCUUUUUUCCAUUUUACUAUUAUUUAUUAAAUAUUAACAACAUCAUCAUCAUCAGAUCUGCUACCCUCUCUUCCCUCCACCACAUAACUCCAUCUACUUGUGUUCUCUUCUCCCACUUUUUCCCCUUUCUUUUUCUAUUUCUCUCUCUCCCCUUUAUAAUCCUUCCAAAUUUGCCACCAACUCCGGGAAUCAUUACAUUUAAGUAUUGCAACCUGAUAUUACAAUGUGCUUGUGAUUUUUUCUUUUUUUUAAUAUUGAAGAGAAUAUUAUGCCAUCAUGAC